AGAAAAUGUAUCUCCUACUGCAUGGGCACAAAACAAAAAAGAGAAGAAAAAUCCUACCCAUAUUCUCCCAUGGCAAUUGCCACUGCCAUUGCCAUAUGCUCAUCUCCAAGCCAGUACUCCCCAGCUCUAUCCUCUUUCCAAACAACCCCAUCCCUCAAAACUCUCAACCACCCUCCACUUCUCCUCCCUCCGUCUCCAUCUUCCAUCUUUGGGUUGGUUUCUGAUGAUGAUGCAGUGGUGGCUGCAGCUGCGGCGGAGGCAGUGUUGCUGGCAAGUGCGGCGGUGGAGGCUGCUAGAGCUGCAGUGUGGGCGGCGGGUGAGGCUGGGGAGGAGGAGGGAGGUGGGUGCAGAGUCGUGAGGGUGAGGAGGAGGAGGAGGAAGAGGAGGAGAGGGGUGGAGGCUUUGGGAAUGGUGGAGAAGUGGGAUGGGGAGGAGGUGCAUGAGGUCUCAUUUGGAGCAGCAAGGUCUGGGGUCUUGACACCCAGAGAAGAGGCUGAGUUUUGUCUGUGCCUCAAGGAAGGAGCAGGGCUGGAGGCAGCUAGAAGGAGAAUUGCAGAAACUAGAGAGCAUGAACCCACCUCAAAUCAAUGGGCCAAGGCUGUAGGGAUCAAGAGGAGUAGUUUGGACAAGAUGUUAUGCAAUGGGAGGGAAUCACGAGAAAGGAUCAAUCAAAGUUACAGGAGACUUGUUGUCUCUAUCGCGGCCCGUUAUCAGGGCAAAGGAUUAAGCUUGCAAGACCUCAUUCAGGAAGGUAGCAUUGGGCUUUUACGUGGGGCUGAGAGAUUUGAUCCUGAUAGAGGGUAUAAGCUUUCAACAUAUGUGUAUUGGUGGAUCAGACAAGCUAUAGUCAGAGCCAUAGCAAAUAAGUCUAGAAUUAUCAGAUUACCGGGGAGCAUAUGUGAGAUGGUGGCAAAGAUUGCAGAGGCCAGGACUGUGUUGAGCAGAAGAUUAAGGCGAUUGCCCUAUGAUGAGAUUGCAGAAUUCAUUGAUGUGAAUGUUUCAACUGUGAGACUUGUUUCUGAAAGGAGCAGAACCCCAAUUUCAGUGGAUCAAGCAGUAACUAGCCAAGGUUGCAUGACACUACAGGAAAUCAUACCAGGUCCAGAUGAAACAACUCCAGAAAAUAUGGUGAAGAGACAGCUGAUGAAGCAGGAGGUGGAAAGAGCUCUGAACACACUCUGUGAAAGAGAAGCAUACAUUCUGAGACUGUACUUUGGACUCAAUGGAGAGACCCCUCUGUCCUUUGAGGAGAUAGGCAGACUAAUGAAGCUUUCAAGGGAGAGGGUUAGACAAAUCAACUCCAUUGCACUAUCAAAAUUGAGACAGACAAGUGUUGUAGACUAUCUCAAACUGUAUAUGAUGUAGAUGUUCUUUCAUUGACAGACAAAAUGUAAAGAUGAAAAGAUUGAUUAAAAGAAAAUUUUUGUUAAGUGAACUAUCAUGAAGUAGUAACCUUCCUAUUCCCAGUGA